GACUUCUCCGACCUGCGCCAACCGCACACCAGCCCGGCCGCCGAUGACGACGACGCCGGCUCCCUCACCACCUAUUUAAUCAUCUCCUUGGUCUUCGUCUCCCUGCUCUUCCUCGUCUCCACUGCAGCCUUCGUCGCUCGCAGGCUGUGCCAGAAAAAGCAGCUGAAGGCUGGCCACGUGCUUUCCGGGGCCGACAACCUGCCGAGCGGCCUGGCCGAUGCAGCUGCUGCGGGGACCCUGCCCCGCCCCUACUGCUACGAGAUCAGCCUCACCACGGGCUCGGGCAACAGCGAGUUCAGGUUCCUCAAGCCCUUCGUCCCCAGCCUGCCACCACAGCCCUGUGUCAUGGGUGUGGACACCGCACAGGGUCAGCAGAGCCAGAGGCUUCAUGCCUCGUGGUUGCAAGGGAUGCAGGCUGCAGCCUACGGUAAUGGUUCUUCCAGAAUAAGCCUCGGCCGCCUCGUCGUGGCCGACAGGCUGGACCGGGAGCAGCUGUGCGGCCAGGCCGACACCUGCACGCUCCCCUUCGAGCUGCUGCUGGCCGACCCGCUGCAGUUCUUUCGGGUCGAGGUCACCCUCGACGACAUCAAUGACCAUUCGCCCAUUUUCCCUGAGGAACGAAUCACUUUUAAGAUCCCUGAAACGACCGACCCGGGCUCUCGUUUCCCUCUGGAGGUUGCUCGGGACCUUGAUAUUGGCAUAAACAGUGUGCAGGCAUACAGCAUUGCUCCCGAGAACGAGUACUUUAGCGUCUCCUUUGGGAGUCGGAUUAGGGGCAAGAAAUACGUUGAACUUGUUUUGGAAAAGCCACUGGACAGAGAGGAGCAGGCAGAGAUGGAUUUUAGUCUGAUUGCUGUCGAUGGAGGCUCCCCACCUCGGAGUGGGACAACCCAAAUUCACAUUACAGUUCUGGAUGUCAAUGACAACGCUCCUGUCUUCACACAGGAACUGUAUGAUGUGCAGGUGUUGGAAAACGCAGCAGAGGGUUCUGUAGUUCUAAAUGUGUUGGCAACAGAUCAGGAUUCAGGAAUUAACGGGGACAUUUCCUAUCAAUUCAGUAAAGAAGUUGGCCAGACCGACUUAGUAUUUGAGAUUGAUCCCAAGAGUGGGGAAAUCAAACUCAGAAAGCCUCUGGACUUUGAGGCAGCACAGACUCACGAGCUCAGUGUAAGGGCCACAGAUGGAGGGGGGCUCUCGGCAAUCUGCAAGGUGUUGGUGGAGGUGUUGGAUGUGAAUGACAAUGCACCCGAGCUGCUGGUCAGUUCCUUCAGCAGUCCCCUCCCCGAGAACUCAGCACCCGGCACGGUGGUUGCCCUCUUUACUGUCAGGGACCGGGAUGCCGGUGCCAACGGCAAGGUGUCCUGUGCCCUCGACCAUCAGCUCUUCUUCUCCCUGCGGCCAGCCUAUAAGAAUUACUACGAGCUGGUGACUGUGAGGGCGCUGGACCGGGAGGACACGGCUCAGCACAUCCUCAGCGUGACAGCAGCAGACGCGGGGUCCCCUCCUCUCACAAGCACCCACACCUUCGUGGCUCGCAGGCUGUGCCAGAGAAAGCAGCUGAAGGCUGGCCACGUGCUUUCCGGGGCCGACAACCUGCCGAGCGGCCUGGCCGAUGCAGCUGCUGCGGGGACCCUGCCCCGCCCCUACUGCUACGAGAUCAGCCUCACCACGGGCUCGGGCAACAGCGAGUUCAGGUUCCUCAAGCCCUUCGUCCCCAGCCUGCCACCGCAGCCCUGUGUCAUGGGCGUGGACACCG